AUGAAGUUCACUCUUCUCACCCUCCUGGCAUCCUCUGUCCUGGCUGUCUCUGCGGCCGAGACUUCACCUGCCGCGGCGACUGCGGUUCCGACCUCGUCGACGUCGGACUCGACUUGUGCAAAGGAAAUCGUCCAAGCAUGUCUCGAACGCAUGGAACCGCAACUGAAGAAAUGUACCCCGAACCGAUGGGACUGUCUGUGUGAACAGACGAAUAAUGUCUUGACAUGCUACAACAACUGUCCCAGCGACCCGAACCGCAGCACAACAGCCCAACAACUCGACUCCUACUGCCGCGCCGCAAAAGCCGCCUCCAUGACCGUCUCGACCUCGACGUCUGCGAAACCAACCAAGACAGAGGAGACGUCGAAGACCAAGGCCUCGGGCAGCGAUGCGAGCGCUGCGGAGGCGUCGGCCACGAGUACGGGCGAUAGUAAAUCGGAGGGUGUCGCUGCUGUUGCUGGGGUGGGACUUGGUGGUGGCGGUGGUGCUUUGGUGGCGGCGAUGGUGGGGGUUUUGGGGGUUUUUUAG